CUACAAACAAAAUGGUCCACUUGGGCGGCUCUCUACUUUGCUUCCAUGCCUUCCCAAAUUCCAACUUCCACCUAAAACAAACGAAAUGUAAACCCAAAAAACAAGUGAUUUGUCUUGAGGAACAACAUAAUUGAGUAAUUUUAGAUGUAUUGAAUAAUCUCUUAUAUAUUUGUGGGUUGAAAGUUGAACAUUUAUGGUAAAAGAACCUUAAGAAAAUAUUAAUACAUUAUAUUUUAUAUCGUUUUCAUAUUUGUAAUUGCUAUACUACUGUAAACGUAUUUAAUUAGUUCAGUACUUAAUAAGAAUUUUUCAAUAGUAAUUAUUAAACGCACACUGUAUUAAGUGAUUAUCAAAGCCUUAGUUUCUAAUCACGUUUUGUAUAGGGUCUUUAUUUGGUACCAUUAAUGCCUAAACAUGUUUUUUUUUCUUUUUAAGAUCAUCCUCUAAUCAAAUAGUCUUACAAUUGUCCCAUACUAAAAAAAAAAAACUUGGUGGAAAAGCAAAACAAAAGAGAAUUACCAUUAGUAGUAUUAAAUUAUAACGUACGUGCAUUCUUUGCAAGUUUUGUUUGGUUUGGUCCAAAUAAAAUUUUCUAUCUUCAAUCUGCAGACUGCAGGCGCUCUCUUCAUUUUUGUUUUUUCUAGUAUUAAAUUCUGCAGAAACACUGAAGAUGGUUUGCUUCAAUCAACAACUCUGUCUCAUCAGUCUCAAAUAUUUGGUUCGUCAUUUUUUGUCAUCAAAUCACUCAAUAUGAUCAAACAAUUUCAGAUAAGUUAGCCUUAGCCCAGAAAAGAAGUUCACAAGAAGAAAGCUUUAAGGAGGAAAAACAGGGGAUUUUGAAGUUUGAUCAUGCCAGAAGACGAAAAGGAUAAACCUUUCGUUUUAGCACUAUUCACCUUGUUGUUCUUGAUCACAGGUCAGCUUGUUGCUGGAGAUUCUUUAGAUACAGACAGAAAUGUGCUAUUGAACCUGAAGUCAUUUCUUGAAGAACGCAAUCCUGUCAAUAAAGGAAGCUAUUCUGGGUGGAAUAAUUCCAGUUCUAAUCCCUGCAGCUGGAAUGGAGUUACAUGUAAUAACACGAAAAAUCGGGUUACCAGCGUCAACUUGUCUGCUAAUAAUAUAGCUGGAGAUUUCUUCGGGAGCUUUUCGCAAUUGACUGAGCUAACUUACCUGGAUCUUUCAGUGAAUUCCAUUGGCAAGGGGAUUCCAGAAGAUUUAGGCCAUUGUAAGAACCUGAAGUUCCUGAAUUUGUCGCAUAACCUCAUCGAUUAUGCGCUCAACUUGACCGGACUGACUAGUUUGGAAGUACUUGAUCUUUCCCAGAACAGAAUUCAGGGAAGCGUCAGGUCAGCUAUUCCAGGAAUUGGCAACAGUUUGAGGGUUGCAAACCUGUCGAAUAACGCGUUUUCUGGUGAUCUUGGGACGGCCUUUGAGGGAUGCUUGAAUCUGAAAUAUCUUGAUUUGAGCACCAACAAUUUGACUGGAGGUUUAUGGUAUGGUUUUGACAGGCUUGUUGAGUUAUCCCUCUCUGGAAACCAUUUCACAGGCAAUGUCCCUUCAUCAUUCAUUACAAGAAAUUGCAGUUUGCAGACUUUGGACUUUUCAGAAAACCAGUUCUUUGGGAAUGUUCCCAUGGAAAUUUCAUAUUGCAAAAGUCUGCAGAGUCUGAAUUUGUGGAGCAAUAGUUUCUCAGGGCCAAUUCCAGGCGAGAUUGGUUCGAUUUCAGGCCUCCAAGCACUUUACUUUGGGAGCAACAAUUUCUCCAGUGAUAUUCCAGAGUCCCUGGUAGGUCUGAGCAACCUUACCUUUCUUGACCUAAGUGAUAACAACUUUGGAGGAGAAAUACAAUCCAUUCUUGGCCAAUUUAAGCAGGUGAAAUUCUUAGUUUUGCACGGGAAUUCAUACUCUGGCGGGUUAUACACAUCAGGCAUCCUGAAUUUGACCAACAUUUACCGGUUGGACUUGAGCUACAACAAUUUAUCUGGUCCUUUGCCUGUUGAAGUUUCUCAGAUGCCGAACUUAAUGUUCUUGAUUCUCGCCUACAACCAGUUCACAGGACCAAUUCCAUCCGAAUAUGGAAAUUUCCAAGGGAUACAGGUCAUCGACCUUUCUUACAACAGGUUAAAUGGUUCCAUUCCAUCAAGCUUGGGAAAAUUGAGCUCACUGUUGUGGUUGAUGCUUGCAAACAAUGAAUUGUCUGGUGAAAUUCCUCCCGAGUUCGGGAAUUGUAGCAGCUUGCUGUGGUUGAACCUUGCAAAUAAUCAACUUUCUGGACCAAUUCCUCCCCAGCUGACUAAUAUCGGCGCUGAUCCAACGCCAACCUUCCUGUUUAACAAGCAAAAUUAUCAAACUAAUGCUGGCAGAGGGGGGUGCUUGACAAUGAGAAGGUGGAUACCUGCUGAUUACGCUCCGUUCAGCUUUGUUUUUAAACUCCUAACAACUAAGAAAUGUAGCAGUUUGUGGGAUAUGUUGCUCACUGGAUAUGGUCUGUUCCAAUUCUGUAGACCGGGUACUAACGCGAGAACUUCAGACAUUUCAGGCUAUCUUCAACUAAGUGGUAAUCAGUUAUCUGGCAUUGUUCCUACUGAAAUUGGUAAUAUGCAUAACUUCAGUAUGCUGCAUUUGGGAAUGAAUGGGUUCUAUGGUCAACUUCCUUCUCAAAUUGGACAGAUGGGUCUAGUGGUCCUCAACCUGACACGGAACAAUUUCUCUGGUGAGAUUCCCACAGAGAUUGGCGGUAUUAAGUGCUUACUAAACCUCGAUUUCUCAUACAACAAUUUCUCUGGUGACUUUCCGGCUAGCUUGAACAACUUGACGGACCUGACCAAGUUCAAUAUCUCUUACAAUCCAUAUAUCUCAGGUGCAAUACCAGACACUGGACAGUUAGCGACGUUUGAUAAAUGGUCGUUCCUAGGUGAUCCCCAUUUACGUCUUCCAUCCUUCAUUGCUAACAAUAGUAAUGGUUCUCAGACAGGCCAAAUGGAUAACAAACACAACCGCUCAAAGUUGAAUGCAUUUUUGGUGUUCCUGGCUGUGUUAAUGGCUUUUUUAGUAUGUGGUGUGUUGACACUCAUAGCUUGCCUCGUAUUAAAGAAUCCAACGGAUGCAUCAGGAUAUCUGCUAGAAGGAUCAAAGGGAAUGCAUGAACUGGUUUCAACUUCAAGCUUUUCUUCUCCUUGGCCAUCAGAUAGUGUCAAGGUCAUACGCUUGGAUAAAACAGCGUUUACUCAUUCUGACAUUCUUCAAGCUACCUGUAACUUUUCCCAUGACAGGAUCAUUGGAAGGGGAGGUUACGGAAUAGUUUAUCGAGGGGUUUUGCCUGAUGGAACUGAGGUAGCUGUGAAGAAGGCACAAAGAGAUGGCCUUGAGGGUGAAAAGGAGUUUCAGGCUGAAAUGGAAGUAUUGAGUGGAAAUGGAUUUGGUUGGCCUCAUCCGAACUUGGUAACUCUUUAUGGAUGGUGUCUUGAUGGAUCGGAGAAGUUGCUUGUUUAUGAAUACAUGGAAGGUGGAAGUUUAGAGGACCACAUCACUGAUCGAAUUAAGCUUACAUGGAGAAGGCGCAUUGAGGUUGCAAUCGAUGUAGCACGCGCUUUAGUGUAUUUACACCAUGAGUGUUACCCUCCUAUUGUGCACAGAGAUGUCAAAGCAAGCAAUGUGCUCCUAGAUAAAAAUGGCAAGGCGCGAGUCACUGAUUUUGGACUUGCCAGAGUUAUCAAUCCUGGAGGAAGUCAUGUCAGCACAAUGGUAGCUGGUACGGUUGGCUAUGUUGCACCAGAAUAUGGCCAGACAUGGCACGCGACAACAAAAGGCGACGUGUACAGCUAUGGUGUGCUAAUCAUGGAACUAGCAACCGGGAGGCGUGCUGUAGAUGGAGGAGAAGAAUGCCUUCUUGAUUGGGCAAGAAGGGUUAUGGGAGACGGGCGACAAGGAUUCACUAGAUCCCUUAUUCCAGUAGCAUUUUUGGUAUCUGGGUUGGAAAAGGGAGCAGAACAAAUGUGUGAGUUACUUCAAAUCGGAAUAAGAUGUACAGCUGAAUCGCCGCACCUGAGGCCUAACAUGAAAGAGGUCCUAGCUAUGUUGUUUGGAAUUUCAGGCAAAUCAGGAAGUAGAAGGCAUCGGAGUAGUGAUUCUUCUCCUCCCACAAACUGAAUCAUCACGAACUUAUCGAUUUAAGCAUCCAGAUAUUUAGCUAAUCUUGGUACCCCGACCUGUAAUUGUUCAUGUAAACAACAUACUCUCAAAAGAUUCAUUGUUUCUUUUUUUCUUUACAAUUUUGGCAGCAUUGUAAAUAUAGACAGGAAUUUGAAGAUUAAUG